AUGGACGCAAAAACCAGUGUCGCAGAAGCUUUUCUACGAGGCUCCGAACAGGCCUCAUGCAUUACUGAAGAAGAAGCCCAGAAGCGAAAAGACCUGACCGUUUCGCCCAAAGACAAGAAGUGGAAUGAUACACUUCAGGAGUUCCGAAAGCUUCUCGCAGACACCGACAUGACGAUAGGUCAAAUUCUAUCGGAUAAAUUUACCACACACGAGGCUCGUCUGUUCACACUAUCACAGUCGGUGAUUCUCCGGCGGAUACAAAAGGAUUAUACUCUCCGAUUCCGAGGACUCUUACGAGAACGAUUUCGAGGCAUCACCACUGAUAUUCCCACGAAGUUGACGAUGCUGUAUUUUGGGCUUCCUAUUGAGCCAAUUGAUGUCUCGUUGGCGCGGAUGAAUUACAAAAUGGAGAGUCGAAGGCCAGAGCCGCCGCGAUAUGUUGUUGAUCUACCUUUGCAUUUCCUCACCGCGCAUAAAGAGCGCAACUGGGGAAACGAGACUCUCAUAGGUAAAGAGGAUCCAACAUACCCCGUGCCUGUGGAGCUACCGCAGAAUCGGCUAUUAAGUCUCUCGAUCAUGUUUUUGAGAGAACGAUUGGAUGCAAAACAACAUCAUUUGGAGAUUGAACAACCAAGUCUACACCUUAGAGGCGGUGGAGCAGAUGACGACAGCGACUGGGGAGCGGAGAAUAACGACUGGAGUGAAGAGAACGGUACCGACUUCACAUAUAGUGAAAGUGACGGUGAUGACGGAGACGUUUCAGAAGAUGAUUCAUCACAAAACCAGCUUGAAGAGCAAGAAAAAGAAGCUGAAGAUGUCGCCAUGCAAGAAACUGAUAGCAAUGGAGAUUUCAUUUCGGCAAUUGAGUCAGCUUCUACUUCCCAAAGCACAAAAUGGACGAACCUUUAUGGGUUCCAGGGAUUUGUACCGUUUAUUCCAGGAGAUAAGCAGGCAUAUGAGACUGCUAUCAGGAGAUUGCUCUCUAUUGGGCCUCAAGAUCACAGAGCCUUCUCCAUUGUGCAUUUUGAUGAACAGGCUAACUUGGUCAGCACUACCUGCGAUUCCCUUCCUUUGGAGCCUGACAGUAUAACACUGAAGUACAUUCUUGAAAAGAGGUCUGAAGGGAAGAGCUCACCAAACAAUCAGCACUCAUUCUUUGUCAAACUGCAACAUGAAUCAACUCCCGAAUUCUACCAGCCCAGCAAAGAGCAAUUCAGCACCAGCGUCUCUUCUGUUAUGUCAUUCCCAGAAGGGGAGGGAGCCCAAGAAGCAGACACGCCUGUUUCCUGUUGCUACUUGACCUUCCCAAACUCCAACAGCUCGAAACUAUCUCAAGAAGAUGUGUACGGAUGGGGAGCUGACCAGUAUAAUGCCUAUAUCAAAACUGCUUUUGAGGUUCUACUGGACCGCCCAAACAGCCACUUUCACCACGCUUUUUUCCAACUUGGCCGAUCCAACUCUGAUUUUGACAACGUGCCUCGAGUAUAUGGGCUUUCUACAGCCGCGUCUUCCGACAUUCUUUCGCUGAUCCCCAAUGGUAGCGGAAAACCCUCUUACCUGAGACGCAGUAGGCUUGAGGGUAACGAAAUUGCCUUUGUGCUGCCCGGUUAUUUCGAUAUUAGUGGUUCAAAACCCGAAUUGAAUGGUAACAACAACAUGGCUAAAGCAUUGGACCUCAUUCGAUAUAUAAUACGUUCAGCCUUCGAACACAGCUUCACGAGCCUCAAGUAUGUGCGUCUCCUUGAUGGUCACGCAACAUUAGGACCAGACAUCAACCGACAUCAGGAAUAUUACUCCAUACGGAUGUAUGAUGAAUUACCCCUAAAAUCGGAGAUUGGCUACUCUUCAGCUCUUUCAAAGAUCUCUGCUGCCGGGAAUCCCUUUGUUAUUCUUCACCCAGAGUGGGAAAAAGACGAUAACGUUCUUUACAUGUUGACAUCUGACGAAGAAGACAGAGCUGAGCAUCAUGUACCAAUGCCCUCGUUAUCAUCUACGGUGGAUCAUUUCAAGGCCAGCGUGUUUCAGCUGAUGGAGCUCGCCGGAUGUGAACCUAGUCGUGUCAAGGACGUGAAGGUUGGAGACGCCUUCAUAAGUGUUCAACCAAUUCAACCCAGGAUGGAAAAUGAGCCCUCAUAUGCCAAUAUUGAGAUGCCGUGUUUUUUUAUCGGACCUAAUACUACGGACGACGAAUGGUUCAGCAUUCGUGCUAAAAUAAUUACCCCUACAGCAAGAGUAAGGAUUCUCGAUUCAAAGGCAUGGAAUUGGCGGGACCAAGUUAAGAGCACUGAUAUUUGGGGUCCACGAUAUGGGCUCGUGACUGAAGCCCAAGCUGCUGUCAAAUGGUCUGAGAAGGAAGAAGCCGCCCAGGACACAACUCAUGAGUUGAUUGAAGACACAACCCAAGAGCCAGUCGGUGUAGAGGCUCUCAGGGCAUUACUUAGAGAGAAAGAACUGUUGAAAAUGACUCAUGCUGAGCCAGCCAAUACUCAAUAUCACGAGACAGAUGCACCUAGUGGUAGCGAUGUGCGGCGAGAGGCGUGGGCUCAGCAACCCAGUAUCUUCGAAAACUACGGAUUGCGGCCAUGGCCAGCCAACUCUGGCAUUCAGUUCCCAAUGUAUGAGCCGCCUGCUGAGCACAUGUUUCGCACAGGACACAGGAUGCCAAUGGUAUCAAAAGCAAUCUUAACACCCACAGAACAGGCUAAACUUCGAGAGGCGUUCUGGGAAAUGAGGCGAACAGCUUUGAAUCGGACAGCCAUGCGCCAGAAUGAUAGCAGCUGUGUUCCUGAUCAACAGGCUACAAAGAAGCAGCCUGAAUCUCUCCAUCCAGUCUCAGGUUGUAUGCCGUGCAGCAAACUAGAUGGGGACGCAGAAAAUAUUUAUCGCCAUUUGAGAGAAAAUCACAAAAAUGAACUGUUGGAGGCACUAGGCGUUGUCAAAACUACUUUUGAACGGACAUCACAGGAACUUCAGCAGAAAGAGGCUAAAGGAUGCAAGGGUUUCAGCGCAGUGUCUGGCAGAUUUUGUCUCUACUGCGGCGAGGAGUUUAAAGACAACGCUGCUCAGGCAGCUUGGGAUCGGAACAAGGCCCAUAUGAUUGCGUGUUAUGAUAAGAACCAAAAUGACAAGGCUCGGCUCCCACUGCCAGAUAGCAUGGCAUACCUUCAGCAGCAGAAUAACCUUCUACUGCAAGUAACUGAAGCUAGCGGCUCUGAAGGAGAGCAAGAUCUGGAAGAAAUGUAUCUUGAUGACUAUGAUGAAGCGUCAGGGCAACCGGAGCCAACAGCAGGAUUACAGAUGGAAAACCUUAGCCAAGAGGCGACAGAUUCUCCAGCGGACAGUGUCAGCAUCGCAUUGCGGGAUGCGAUGUUACUUGCAGGAGUUAAGAAUGUUCCCCAGGGUGAGAAUUUGGAUCCAGAUACUCGUCGUCAUAACGAAGAGGUUCUCUACGACAUAUUAUUCAGAAGCAUCCCUAAAAAUACGGUUGAUGAACAAAAUUCCGAUUCUCCAAGGAUGAUCCAAAUCGAGUCUCCAGGCCGACCAGCAAGUCCAGAUCCAAUGAAAGGGAACAACUCAAAGGAAUUUGUACCUACCCAACAGGGAAUUCAAGAGAUGGCCAGAUCCCCUGAACUCGGGGAUUCUGAGUCUUCAGAUUUUGAACCAGACAAUGGGUCUGAGUUCGAGAAUGAACAAGAUGAAGAGCAGUCUGAUAAAGAAGCGUCAGAGAACGAGCUCCAGAGAGAUCCAAGCUCGAAACGCCGUAAACGAGGAGGAAAGAAGCGAGGCAGGAAAGGCGAUCGCGACUAUAAAUUCUCAGACGACGAAGAUGACGAUGAAGACAGCGAGAGUGACGAAGAUGGGAAGCGCGUCAUACCACCCCGACGCUCUCCAUCCCCGAAUUGGCAAAAGGUUCUUGGACCCGAUGACCCGGAAUUUGAGCCGACUGACGACUUUUACUGCUCGAAAUGCUUCCGCAAGGCUCCCAAGAAACACAAGAGGGAUAGAUCCCCUUUGGGAAGAACAAAGGAAAUUGAGCUUCAUUAUGACAGCAGUCGUUGCUGCGGGAUCCGUCGCGGCAUAGGAUCAACCAAGAGACUGCCCAACCGAAGCGGCUGGAUUCCUGCGGCUGAUAUGCCAAAGCCUCUCGGCGACCUUCGAAAGCGGUUUCUACGUAAAUAUCCCGCAUAUGCUCGCACCGUCUAUCCUCUUAAUGCUUCCAACGCAAACGGCUCUUACUACCGCUCCGACCCCAACAAGGACGACAACAAAGGCUGUUGGGACAUUCCCUGGCCUCCAUUCCGAGGCCCAUCUCCCUUACCCAACGGCUGGAAAGCUCCUGAUGUAACCGAUGCCCCUGUCACAGGAAAGGCGCGGAAGCAGUUCAAACUGAGGUCUGAAGGAGAUUCCACGUAUGUCCAGGAGAAAAACGUCAAGUACUCGGAUGAUGAAGACAUAGAGUCGGACAAGGACAUGAACGGGAAGAGGAAGAGGAAGAGCAGGCCCUCUUCUGCACUCAACAGCAGACAUGCGACUCCUACACCUGCAAAGAAACCACAGAAGGCUGUUACGAAAACAGAGAGAGCAGCUACACCUGCAAAGCAGAAGAAGGAAACCGUGCUGCAAAAGGCGUCGAAGGCCAAGGCUGCCACGCCACGAAAAGCAAAGCAAAAGAACGUGGAAGCAAAGGUGCCGACUAGAAGAUCAACAAGAAAACGCCAAAAGACUGGAUAA